GGCACACAGCGAGAGACAACUCAUCCACCACAAAGGCACACAGCGAGAGACAACUCAUCCACCACAAAGGCACACAGCGAGAGACAACUCCCCGUGAGAAAGACACUCAACGAGACAACGACUGGAGAAAAGAACUAGAACAUGCCAGGCCAGCGUCUGCUUCUGCUCCUUCUCCUACUACCCGUGGCCCAGUCAUGGACGCGAGGCCGGCCUCCUGUGUACGUGGACCUUCAGCCAAACCACGUGAUUGUCCAGCCCGGCGUGACAGAGAUGUUUACUCUGACCUGCACAGUGACCAGAGGUUCCUACAAGGUUCUCGAGAAUCCCGGACCCACGUCACGCGCGCCUGAUUUCAGCAGCAUCGUGAAAGAGCACUUAGUGAGAGUCCGUUUGUUGAGAGCUGCCAUACCUGGCCCCACUCAGAGCGCCUGGGAAGUGGUAGCCCAGCAGACGGACACAGAUCCCAAAGCCACAACUUUUGAAGACGGCGUCGUCGCUUCCGGCAAAGUGAUCCCGGAGAGCAGAGGGGCCAGUUAUCUCAAUGUCACGUGGUUCCUGGCCCAACCGUCGACGAUUGGGACGUUCGUCUGUGACGCUCUGGUCGUAGCGAGAGACUCUGCAGAACUGAUCAGAUCCACGACUCUGGAGGUCGGGAAUGAGCUGAUGGGAGAAGACUUCUCCAGAAUGCUGGAGGUCGGGAAGGCGGACAUCCUCUCUGAUGCUCUGGAAGAAAACAAGGCCUUGAAAGAACAAUUGGAGACCCUCACUGAGACCGUUAGGCAAACGUUGGCGGAGCACAGGGAGACUCUAGCCAUGAUAGAGUCAAAGUAUCGAAGAAUUCUGGAAACUGGCUUUCUGGGAACUGGCUUUCUGGAAACUGGCUUUCUCCUCCACUGGCCGUCUGGAAGUUACGCCUUGCUGGGGCCCGCUAGCGGCUGCCCCAAGGACGAUGCGAGCACGUGGGAGAAAGGCUUCACCAAAACUCACACAGAGUCCGAGGACAGAAACCAUGAUCAAGUCUCGGAGCUCAGCCACUUGCGCGGUCCGGUUCUCUCGCGAGAAGACGGGGAUCAUUUCGUGACUCAACAUUUCUGUGUGAAGACCUCCAUUCUCUCGUUCGGUUCCAACUGGCCGAAAGGAUCCUACUGCAUCAACAAGAAGGGGGGAUGCCCCGCGGGGUUUCAGGAAGGCAGGAUUUAUUGGGAUACCGAAGACACAGAGGCGAAGUUCAGAAGCUCCGGUAAUCUUCCUGACGGCGAUCACGGUGCUAACCCAAAUCUUCACUACUGUUGUCGAGACGACGGUAGUCCCGAUGACGAGAUCUACCUACCCCCAUACCAACCCUUCUACUUGUACCGUCGCGGCGGCCGCUGUCAGAAGGUGCAUGGCAUGGAUGUUACCCAGGAGUUCCUGCUCUUUGACACGGAGAACAGCAGGAACGGUGACAGGACCGAAAACGUCGUACCAGAUUCACAAACCAAUGACAUUCGCCUGGAACUUUGCUACUAUCAUAAUUCAAUAGCAUGAGACAUAAGACACACUUUUAUUGCUCCUUCUUCCUCGGGUAAAUUGUUCCACUGGUUGGAUGUUACUACGAUCGGGCCUUCCGGCAAUAAAACAGUCUAUGUUUUGGCGUUUUGCCUGAC